AUGUAUCGAUUCAACCGUUGUCCAAGAUUAUUGUAUGGACGCCUUAGUUCACAACCCUCAGUCUUGGGGAAAGUUGACCAAUUUCAAUCGCCAUCGCAGCGGCAGUCUUACAGCUCCAGUCAAGCUGGACGCGAACGAUUGCCCUUGCAAGUUGAGACCAACGCACGAUCACAAAAUCGGAUAUACGGAACGUCAGAACCCAAGGCUUGUCGCCCAAAACGAAUUGUUAUUGGCAUUACCGGUGCCACGGGCGCUCUAUUUGCAGUUCAUAUGCUAAAAGUGCUUCGUGAUCUCGGUGUAGAGACUCAUCUCAUCAUGAGCAAGUGGGCAUUAGCGACGCUAAAGUAUGAGACAUCCUUGACGGAAUAUGAAAUUCAUGCCCUUGCUUCCCGCGUAUAUACGGCAAAGGAUAUGUCGGCCCCCAUAGCCAGCGGAUCCUUCAUCCACGAUGGCAUGGCCGUGCUGCCCUGCAGCAUGAAAACUCUUGCGGCUAUCCGAUCAGGGUAUUGUGACGACCUUAUAUCCCGAGCUGCAGAUGUUUCGAUCAAAGAGAACCGGAAGCUAAUGCUGGCGGUGAGAGAGACGCCGUUGAGUGAUAUUCACCUCGAUAACAUGCUAUUUCUCCGCCGUGCAGGCGCCAUCAUUUUCCCUCCCGUUCCUGCAUUCUAUACGCGACCAAACUCAUUAGAUGAUAUUAUCAUGCAAAGUGUCGGGAGGAUGUUGGACUGCUUUGAGAUAUAUACGGAUGAUUUUGCAAGGUGGAAUGGGUUUGAAAAGCCUAAAAGGGGGCAAGCACGGCCAAUGGCUGAAGCAGAGCCAAUUGCUGCAGCAAUGUAA